AUGUCAAAUGACACUCGAGUCUUGACAUUAUCCGAGGCCAUGACGUUGUGCGACGAGGCAAGAGCAUAUCUCGGGCUGGAUUCUAGGGCUUCUGACAUGACGGGUGAGGAGUUCCGAUGCUUGGAACUCGCCGCCGAGCUCGUCCGCGCCGGCGUUGACGGGGAGGAAAGAAUCCGUCGCAUGGCCAAGGUUUUGGAGGCAUUGCUUGUUAUUCGCGGUGCAACUGAUCCUUCAGUCCCAGACACGCAAGCUUCAACGACCGCUGUGGUGCCUGCUGUAUCGCACCAUGCAUCGUCCCCUCCUUCGCCUUCCGCCCACGCCAAGCUCGAGGACAGCAUCACCACCUAUAACACGACACCACAAGACCCGCAGCCAUCUUUGCACCACCGCCACUCGAUUCGUCUUGGCAACUCCAGCGUCUACAGCGACGAGUUCAUGCCUCCCUCGCUACUUCGCAGGGUGGCCGCCGGGCGAGGCGGCCAGUCCACACCUCUGAACAUCGUCGCGCGCAUUCUUCGCAACAUGGCGACCCCGAAAAUCUCCACAAGCGCGUUCCGCUUCAUGACGAUCGACAUUGGCGAUGGCCGAGAGACCAAGGUGAAGAUUAUGCGCGACACGGAUCUGUACCACGAGUAUGGCGACGAGUCUCCCUUUGCGAAAGGAACGGUUGUGGUGCUGCGUAAAAUCCUCGGCGCUUUCACGGAGAAAGGCAUCUGUCUCAAGUUCAACGCAGAUUCAAGCGCAACUAGACUCGUCAGCGCAAGCUGGCAGGAUACGAUCGAGUGGCUCCAAGCAAUCGACGGGACUAGCAGCCUGGACGAAUAG